AUGGAGUUGACACCGCCAGAGUCAUUCUCGUUGAGCCCCAACGACGUGGUUAUCGCCGUAAUGGGCGUGACGGGCGCUGGAAAGAGCACAUUCAUCGGCAAAGUCACUGGCCAAGACGUCAAGGUUGGCCACAGCCUCGUCUCGCACACCGCAGCUGUCGGCGUCUCUCCUUAUCAGCAAAGUCCCGAUCGCUGCGUCUAUCUCGUCGACACGCCCGGCUUUGAUGAUACUACUCGCACCGAUACCGAGGUGCUCAAGGAUGUCGCAUUUUUCCUCUCGCAGAUCUACAGAAAGGAUGUGAAGCUUGCUGGAAUCGUCUAUCUCCAUCGCAUCACCGAUAAUCGAGUUCGGGGGUCGUCGAUGAAGAAUCUCAAGAUGUUUCAGCAGCUCUGCGGCGAUGAAGCCUUUGGGCACGUCAUCUUGGCGACUUUCAUGUGGGACACACUCGAUAAAGCCUCGAAAGACGUGGGCGAUCAGCGGGAACAGGAACUCAUGAGCCGAGCCGAGUUUUGGGGCACCAUGUACAAGAGCGGCAGUCAAGUGGCCCGGUGGUUGGGCAACGAACAGUCAGCUCAGAGCAUAGUGGGCAAGAUCAUCGAGGUUCACGGCAAAGCGGGUGAGGCGGUGCUCAAGAUCCAACAAGAGAUGGUCAACGAGGAUAAGGACCUCGAUGAGACAGCAGCCGGUCGGGAGGUGCAGAGAGAAAUCGCGGCUGCAAAGGCGCAAUUACAAGAGGAGAUCAAGGAGCUGCGCGAAAUGCAGGAGGACAUGAUCAAACAGUCCAACGAGAAGCUAGCCCAGGAGUUUGCGACACAGAGACAAGCGAUUGAGAAGCAGCUCAGAGAUGCCAAUGAAACCCAGGCGUCACUCAAAAUAUCGCUCGAGACUCUUCUCGAAGAAAAGACGGCCGAGUACGAAGAGAUGCUCAAGCGGGCUCAAGAGGAACAGCGACGAAUGGCAGAGGCUCUGAAGGAAAAAGAGGCCGACAUUCGGAGGGCUCAAAAGGAGAGAGCUGAGGACGAAAAGAUGUUUCGUGAGGCUCAGGCGCAAUGCGCGGAAGAAGUCAAAGAGCUGGCUCGCAAGAUCGAGCAACAACAGCGUGAGGCGGAGAGGCAGCAACGUGAAGCCGAGAGACAGCGACGCGAGUACGAGGAGAGACAGCGACGAAUGGAGGAGGAACGUAAGAGAAAGGAAGAAGAGGAGAGACAGCGGCGACAACGCGAAGAAGAGCGCAAGAAAAAGGAAUAA